UGGGUAUUCACCCCCCUUAUUCUACUUUAAAGAGGGGAAUGUAAGCUUCCAGGCUCUGCCCUUUCCAAUCAAGGAGGGUUAAGUUGCAUGUUAUGGCCUUAAUGGGUAAAGACAUAUGGAUAUAAGUCCCCAGUCGGCAGUGUAGACGUUGCUAACCUAUUGGGCUGGACCCAAAUGUGGGUUAAAGGUUUUAUAGAAGAGGCAACAUCAGAAGGUGUGAAUGAAAGAGGCCGUGCAAAUGCCCAGUCAUGUCUCUUCAGAUGAUCCCAGCCAAGGUUUAAAUGAUCACCCAGUUAAAAUGAAGAACAAGAAAAAGGCCAAAUCACGUUCUAAGGAGGCUGUAGAAAAUACCUGUAAUGUUGAAGCAGAAAGCAGAAUAGCUGAUCCAGUUCAUUUGGAAGUUGGGUCAGAGGAUGUUCCUUCCACCCCACAUAAAAGAAAGAAGAAAAAGAAGAAUCUCGGAUCUCCGUUAGACAGCACCUCGGACUGUUAUAGUGCUUUAACUGGCACCUCUGGCAGCGACCUGACUGUGCCACUUGAUGGUCUGGAGAAGUCUGCCAAGAAAAAGAAGAGGCAUUUCAGUCACCAAGAUGUGUCUCCUUCAGUAUUACAGCCUGCUUCCCCCUCUGUAGGGUACACUUCCAUCCCCAUGCAGACUGAGUGUGACACCCCUGAUACCCAUAGGAAGAGCAAAAAGAAAAAGCAUACAGAAGAGACCAUAACAACGGUUGGUUUGAUGGAAAUAUCCAAUAUGGAGGACAAGAGAGAAACUUUGGACAUGGCAGUCAAAAAGAAAAAGAAGAAAGUUAGAGAAGGGAAUUCAUCUGCUUCCGUUUUAAUGGACACAGAUUGUGUUUUGCUAGGAGACACCACCCUUGCUGAACAGACAGAUCCUGAGGAACCCCCAAUGUUUAAAAAGAAGAAGAAAAAACACAAAAUACAGGAUGAUGAGAAUAUCCAACAGACCACGGGAAUGAUCGGCACAGCCUCAGAAGCCUCAACGCCAAAAAGAAAGAGAGGCCAAGAAAAAAGCGAUGAGAUUAUGGAGUGCAAUAUGGAGGAACAAAAUGGAGACACUGUCCCUCACACCCUGUCCAAAAGAAAAAAGAAAAUUUCCAGCCAUGUAUUAGAGGAGACCACAGAUCCUAGCCAUGGUCUCUCCAGUGAGCUUGACCUAUCUUUGGGCAGUUUGGAAAAGCCCCCAAGAAAAAAGAAGAAACAUUCAGAGGACACAGAUUCCACUUCUGGUUUAUUGAAUUCCUCCUCUAAUGCAGGAGGCGAUUCCAUUCUUGAGCAAACUGAUUCAGAAGAGCAAACUUUCCAGAAGAGUAAAAAGAAAAAAAACAGAGACUGUGACCAAAACCUGGGAGAAAAAGGUUUUCUGCUGGAAUCAUCUGACCAUGAUGUUCCCCUAAUGGUCAAGAAGAAGAAAAAGAAGAAGAAGAGCCAUGAACUUGAACAGGAAUGUUUUGGAGAUCUGGAAGAAGAUGCAGAGCCUGAAGUUUGUGGGCUAACAUUGUCAGUGACUAAAAAGAAAUCUAAGAAGCGCAAUAGAUCUGACAUGGAAGAAGACCAGAGUUUGGUUGAAUCGUGCAGCAUUGGUGAAAUCACUCAUGAUGAAAUAGAUGAGCAACAAGAACCAGAGAACUUUUCCAGCCUGUCUAGCAGGGUAAGAAGAGAAAGCAGGUCGGAGUCUCAGGAGAAGGCUUCUGAAACUGAUCAUGGAACCGGCAACACAGAUGAAGGCAGAGGAGACCAAGAGACCAACACAACUGAUAGCAGGAUUGGUAUGGCUGUGGAAGCUGGUCUAGAGAAUAAGAGAAAGAAAAGAGUCAGAAGAUUUCCACCUCUACGUCAGAGAGACCUGGAACUUCUUAAGGAGUAUUUCCCGAACCUGGAAAGACGCACAAAUUCCACCAUCAGUCAUAUUGUGAGAGAAGACUUGGAAAGAAUAAGGGCAGCCAAAAUAAAAGGUAUCCCCUUCAUGACUGGCAGGUUCACCACUGAGGAAAACCAGCGGCUAGAGGAGAACGUUAAGGAAUUUAUGGCUCUUACUGGAAUCUCCUCAGGAGAUAAGCUCUUCAGCAGUUUUAAAUAUCCAGAUGAGAAGUCGUUGAUCGAGAGAGUGAAGCGGAUGUACAACUUUAGGCGUAGAAUCGCGGAAGGGAUACCCCGUACAACUACAGAAGUGUUCAUCCGAGGAGGAAAGAUGUUUGACUUGACAAGUAACAAGGGACAUUACUCAAAGGAGGAAGUGGAGCAGUUGAAGAAACACAUGGAAAUGCAUGGAAAUAAAUGGAGGACCAUAGCGCCUCUGAUGGGACGCAAUAAUGUUACGCUUCAGUUGAAGGCAUCCCAGAUGAGACGAGAGACCAACAGUGGGAAAUGGAGUGCAGAGGAGGUGAACAAGUUGAUUGACGCACUAAAAAAUUUCAUUGUCAAGCCAGGCAAAGGGCCGCUGGAUACCAUCGCUAAAUGCGAUCUGUACUCCGGAAUUCCUUGGGUUCAAGUGGAGGAAAAAGUGGAGACAAGAAAUUGGUCACAAUGUAAAAUCAAGUGGUCUGAAAUCCUGCUACUGAGGAUGAAUAACGGUGUAAACGUUUUCCAAGGAGCCAGCGGUAUCGAGCUACUAAUCAACAUGAUCAAGUGGUUACAUGAUUUUGGACCAGCAGAAAGUGGUCAGAUAAAAUGGGAAGAGCUGGCGGAGGUUCUUGGGAACAUCCCACCACUGCUGCUUCAGAACAAGUUUGUUUACAUCAAAAGGAGAUACAUCCCCGACUAUCACAAUCUGACUCACCAAGAAAUUUUGUAUCAUCUGUACACAGAAACCAUCCCACACUUAGAGGAACGCCUGAAUACAUUCAUGCUGCGACAAGAGGAGGAUAUUCAGCCUGUGGUUGAAAAAAGUGAUUCUUAUCUCAUCAAUGAAAUAUUCUGUGAAUAUAUCGGCAAGGAGCACGAAGACGCGCUAUACAUUACGCAAAGAGAAAAAAGGAAGAGAAAGCGGAAAACGCGAGGGAAAGAAAAAUGUGAUAUGUUUUAAAGUAAAAGCAGCACGGUGGCUCCUGAGUGCCUUAGUCUUAGGCCGAAUCUCUGCAUUCAAAUGCUGUUUUCCUUCCGUUGAUUCUGUGCUUGUUUUGCUACAGCUGAAUUUUGAUAAAUUGCCACAUUUAUAAUACGGGUCUGGUUUAUUUAGAUCAUCUGGCCAACAACAUAUUAUUUUAUGACACUGUUUAUAAAUACAGUCAUCUUCUGCCAUGUCAUUGUAGAAUGGACCAAAUGUGACCAGUGAAACUAAUGAACGUCGCUUCAUUUUUCUCUUAUGUUGCUGAUUGGCUGCGACACAUUCUAGGAGCCGAGGAAUCAUACAAGUUAUGGAUUUGCUGCUGGAUCCUUACAGCUUGUCCCUACAAAUAUGUCUGGUCCCUAAAGGGAAAAUUAACCCUCCUUUAUUUUUUACCCAUGAGCUCAUUCAGUUUUGUAGAAAAGGUGCAUAACCACAUACAGUAUAUAAUGUAUGUUCUUUGUACACAGAAAUACCAGGCUCUACACUUACAGCAGCAGUCUGUCUGUGCUGUAGAGUCCAGUUCCCCCCAUUAGGCUCAUAACCUACCCAACCCUCACCUUCUGCUUUUUAGAGAAUCUGUUCCCCGCCCACCUUGGAAAGUAGAUGGAUUUUCAAGUACCAGAAUCCACCAUGUCAGAAAGUUGAGCAACUUGCAUGCAGAUUAAUUUUGUUUCUCUAUUAGAAGCAGCUAAACUCUUUCUCUUUUAUUGACUUCUUGUCUAGAGUAAAGCUCCGCCCCUUUUGCUUUCAGAGCACUUCUCUCUACGACUAUGAAGACCUCAAAGAGGUACCUACUGGGUUUACUGCCUCUUCUCCAAUGGAAAUCAAUCACUAGGCACAGGUUCGGACUGGGGCCCCAAGGGCCCACCAGAAAACUUUACACCAUCCUCCUUUCCUUCCUCAACCAGUUUAUUCUCCAAGUCUCUACAUGCUAGCAUCUAUCCUUCCAUCUAUUUCUUCUUUUUGUUCCCAUUCAAAAAUAGGGAAUGACCAUGAAGUAGGCCAAAUGGUCAGGAGCAGGAGGGCCCACUGACCACUGGGCCCCCCGGGAGUUUUCCUGGUAUGCUGGUGGGCCAGUCCGACACUGACUAGGCACCUCUUUGAGGUCAUCAUAGUCCGAGAGAGAGGGAGUGCUCAGAGAGCAAGAAGGGCGGAGCUUCGCGCUAGACAAGGAAGUCAGUAAAAAGAGAUAUAGUUCAGCUGCUUGUAAUAGAGAAAUGAAAUACACCUGGAUGCAGGGUGAACAGUAUUUAAUUCUUGGGGCUGUACAGUGUAAUUUUAGACAUUGUAAAAAAAGAAAGGGUAAAGUAGAAGGGCCAGAGUGAGAGGUGGGGCAUUACUGAUGCAAGGGAGGAACCUCAGGGCUCUCUUGGUACCCAUUGGAAGGUACUCCCCUAGGACCUUGAAAAGACUUAGGAAGUUUAGGGGGAGAAUUUUUACUCAAGUUGUUGGUCCUACUAGUAAUGCCUUUUGUUCAGCAGCCAAUUUUUAAAAAAUAGGGCACUUGACCCUCUCUGGGUACCCAUUGGAAGGUUCUGCCCUAGGACCUUGAAAAGACUUAAGAGGUUUAGGGGGAGAAUGUCUACUUCAAGUGUUGGUCCUACUAGUAAUGGCUGAAAUGAUUAGUAGUAAAUACUUCAAGUCAUCCUGCACCCCUGUAUGGUUAAGGGACAACAGGUCCUGGGUGGUUCCUAUAAAGGGCAAAAAAACUGCGGGGGUCCUCUGUCCUCCAAAAAGACAGGAGAAAAAACAUAAUUCCCAACUACUUGUGGCUGUAAAAAAGUUUUUAUAGUUUCUCAAAGGAGAACUAAGCAUACAAAAAAAUUCUAAUAUAAUGAUUUUUAAAUUGAGCUACCCCCUCUUUUGUUCAGCAGCCAUUUGUUAAAAAAUUGGAAACACAAAUAAUCUUUGGACUCGCUUCUCUGCUUAGUAACUUUAUUUCCUAGUGGCUGGCCACUUUGCCUGAACAUAACAGCAGGGGGCACUGGUGUUUCAUUAAAUUACCAGUUAAAGAACAACCAAUAUCUUUAAAACUAGGGUAAACACAAAAUAAUUCAUGUAAACUGCAAAAGUCAUCAAAAGUACAGCAAUUAAUUUGUUUUAGGGCAGGGGUGCCCAGACUUUUUCCCCCCACGGCCGACUUUUGGCCCCGCCCCGUGUACGUACGCAUUUCUGCAUUUCCCGGCUUCGAAGCGGUCCACCAGAAAUCCACGGGGGAUUGACUGGUGGACCGCGAUCGAUGUUUAGGCCACCCCUGUUUUAGGGUGUUUAGUUGCCCUUUCAUGCAUGGUCUUCUUUCAUACUUGCACAGUAGCAAAGGAAAGUGCUCGAUAUGAUUGGUGCCCUUGAGUUGAGGUUUUUCGGAAUCAGGGAAAGCUUUCUUUUUGGCACACAUUGAUAAAGUUGUAAUUAAAGGGCAACUAUCGCUCCCAAAUUGUUUCCCACGCCAGAGGUGCGGGCUAAUUGAACCCUCACUCUGGUUGGGGGAAACAUAAGUUACAAUAUAGCCCCCAUCAGCGCUAUGCUGCCUACCUGCACCUCUAGUGGGAUAAACAAUAUGGGGGUGAUAGGUGCCCUUUAAAAGCAAAUGCUAAGAAAGCUUAUUCAGUUAUACGUUGUUACAUUGUGUUGGCCUCUAGCAGAAAACUUAUUUUUAUGACUGUAUAAAGUUUUACAUGUUCAAAUAAAUUUUAUAAGUACUUUA